AUGGGUAGUAUCUGCAAUAAAACAAUUAAUUCACCUUAUAAAGAAUUCGAUUUAGAAGAAAUUAUUUUUGGAAGAACAUAUAUUUAUGGUCCACCUUGUAUUGAAAAACCAUAACCAAUACCAAUUUUAUGCUUUUCAGAUGACGAUAUUAAUUUUCAAAAAGAAGAAGAACAAUAACAUUCUUCUUAAAAAUUUCUCCUAUAGGAGGAGGAACUUUUAUAAUUAUCUGAACGAGAUUUAAAACAAGCAGAUGUAAAAUUAUCAGUAGAUGAUGUCUUGAUAUUAAAAGAAAAACCAGAAUUACGAGAAUAGAGUAGUAUUUCAAAGGAAGAUCCGAAUAGUGAUUUGAGAGAUUCUAAUUUAGAUAUCACAAAACACAAAUCAAUUUUAAAACGCAGAAGCUAAAAUAAUUCAAACCCUUAAAGUCCUAAAAAUUAACUCAAAGACUCAUUAACAACAGGAUCUUAAAAAUCUAUCAAAAAAGUCACAUUUGAUAAAAAAUCAAAAGUUGUAUAUAGUAGUUUCAGAAAAAUAUAACAUUGA